AUGGGUUCCCUCGGCACCUCAAACACCUUCACGGUCGGCGUGCUCGCCCUCCAAGGCGCCUUCAGCGAACACACCCAACUCUUGCGCUCAGCAGCCCAAUUUCACCCCGCAACCCAGUUCACCUUCCUCGAGGUCCGCACCGCCGCACAACUCGCAAGCUGCGACGCCCUCGUCAUCCCCGGCGGCGAAUCCACCACCAUAUCCCUCAUAGCCGAGCGCUGCAACCUCCUCGAGCCCCUCCGCGACUUUGUCAAAGUCCAGCGCAAGCCGACGUGGGGCACAUGCGCGGGGCUUAUCCUGCUGGCUGAGUCGGCCAACCGCACCAAGGCUGGCGGACAGGAGCUAAUUGGCGGUCUGGAUGUUCGUGUCAACCGCAAUCACUUUGGGAGACAGACAGAGUCCUUCCAGGCCGAUCUAGAUCUCAAAUUCCUGGGGGCUGAGGGAGGCAUGGCCGACCCGUUCCGCGCAAUCUUCAUCCGCGCGCCAAUUGUUGAGACCCUACUGAAGGACUCUGACGGAGCACAGGAGGGCGAGGCACAGAAGCCGGAGACUGUUAUUGCGCCAUCAAAGGAUGUCGCUGAAGGAAUUGACCCUUCAAUCAAGCAACAGCCGGUAGAGAUACUGGGUACAGUGCAAGGGCGCUCCGCAGCUGCCAAACAUCAAGAUGGCGCGACGGACAAUGAAGCGGGCGACAUUGUUGCAGUGCGACAGGGGAAUGUGUUUGGAACUAGCUUCCACCCGGAGCUAACAGGUGAUGCCAGAAUCCAUGCCUGGUGGCUAGGGGAGGCAGUGAGAACCCUGGAGGGCAGGAAGUCUUUUUGA